AGAUGAAUUCAUAUAAUUAAUUAAUUUUUAAGUAAAUCACUUUAAAAUUAUGAGUGAAUCAGCUCGCUAUAAAUAAUUUUACCGUAAAACUAUUUAAUUUAAAAAUUUGUAAAAUAAUAUAGAUCAAAUCCAUACUUACUCCAAAAAGAAUGAGUUCCUUUCUUUUGUCGUUGAGUCCUUUUUCAACUCCCGGGAAACUUCUCCACCCCACCUCAGGUACCUACUCCUACUCUCUUUCUUUCCUUUACUCAUUUUUCAAUCUAAACUCUCUUUUCAUUCUUUCUUCUCUUUCUCCAUUGUCAACUCUCUGAAUAACUUAGCCAAAUCACUUGAACUACCGGCCUGUUCCAUGCAAAGUUCCUGCAACUCUAAUUUCAUCUCACUAUUCCACCUCAAUAAACAAAUCAUACAACCCAUUACAAUUUCCUUCUUCCAACAAUUGAAACAAAUGACGGAUUAAUGGCACUACUGCGUAACGGUAAAUUGGAAAACGGGGAAACCCAAGAUCCGGCCCGGACAUUCCGAGCUUUGGUAGAGAAAGCAGACCGGAAAUUUUCUAGGGUUCGUGACCUUCCUGCUUUCGGACCCGGACCUAACCCCGCCCGAUACUUAAACAAAGUGUUCAAGGCAUAUACAAAAGUGUGGGAAUUCCAGCGAAAAAAUCGGGUCAAAUUGGUGGAGUCGGGACUAACGAGGUGGGAAAUUGGGGAGAUCGCUUCUAGAAUCGGGCAACUGUAUUUCGGGCAGUACAUGAGGAGUAGUGAAGCUCGAUUUUUAUUGGAAUCGUAUGUAUUUUACCAAGCUAUUCUAAAUCGUAGGUAUUUUCAAGAACAGGGUGGUGGGGUUAGUGUUAGGUUUAAGGAAUUAAGAUUUUAUGCUCGCUUUUUGUUGGUUGCUUUGCUUUUGAACCGCCGUCAUCUUGUUGCGUUCCUCGUUGACCGGUUUAAAGCUCUUGUUGAUGAUACUCGUUCUACUUUUCGGGAAACUAACAUCAAAGAAUGGAGACUAGUGGUACAAGAGAUUGUUCGCUUUGUAAAUGCUGAUAAGUCAUUCUCAAAUGCACGACCUUUACGUUAUUGUGCUAUGUUUGACUCUCAUCCAGUCUCUUUGCCGUUUGUGGCUCGUUUUCAUGCCAAGAAAGUUCUUAAGUUGAACGAUGCAGUGUUAACUAGCUAUCACCGGAAUGAGGUUAAGUUUGCGGAAUUGACUUUAGACACAUACAGAAUGCUGCAAUGUUUAGAAUGGGAAUCAAGCGGAUCAUCUUACCAAAAGCAUCAAAAUGAACCAAUUGAAAGUGAUGUUCAUAACGACUUUUCUGGCACUUCUGGUUUAAUUGAUGUCAAUUUGGCUGCUGAUUUGAUUGAUCCAACAUUGCCUCCAAAUCCAAGGAAAGCAGUUCUCUAUCGCCCGACAGUGACUCACUUUGUUGCAGUUAUUGCAAAUAUGUGUGAGGAGCUCCCGCCAGAUAGCAUCAUCCUGAUAUAUGUGUCAUCGUCAUUGGGAACCUUUAACCCCGUUAGAACCGAAACUUCUGGUGGAUCUAGAAGAUUUUCAAAAAAUCAAGUGUUACUUUCGACUACCCAUAAUCAAAACACGUCCCCAGGAGACAAAAAGGGAUACUUAAGUGGUUAUUAUGAUACGUCUUUAUGUUUGAGUCCACGUGGAAUCGCAGGUUCAAAUAAUCUUUAUCCUGGUGAUUUGUUACCCUUCACUAGAAAGCCCCUGUUCUUUGUCAUUGAUAGUGAUAACAGCCAUGCAUUCAAGAUUAUUCAUGGUUCAGAAAGGGGGGAGCCGUCGGCACUUUUACUUUCUCCAUUGAGGCCGUCAUUCAAGAACCCUCCAAAUGUUGAUGCUAUAGAAAAUGGGAGUCAGUUCACUCUGUUUUUGACAAAUCCUUUGCUAGCAUUCUGCCAAUUGGUUGGCCUAUCUGAGUCUGAUCGAGAAACAGACAAUUAUAAUGAGGCUGAAGACAUAGUUGUAAAUGCCCUUGCUAAAUGGGAAGUGAUGUUAUGCUCAUCAACAACAAUUGAUCUUGUUUGGGGUCAAGUACUUCCCGAUCCUUUCCUCCGCCGUAUUAUUCUUAGAUUUAUUUUCUGCCGUGCUGUGUUAUCUCUCUUCCACCCUCCUGAAACAAGGGAAUCAUAUGUGCCUGAUUGCCUGCCGCAUCUUCCUGAUUUUGUAUCACCCGAUUCAGAAGCUGUUGAAUCUCAUAUCCGAAGGCUUGCUAAUUGCCUUAAAGUUUCCAAUGCUUUCAUUAAAACAUAACUGGAAGAAGGUAUUUUGUGAGGCCUACCACAAUUCAAAUUUUGUUCGUUUUUGAUGUUAUACAGUUGUAGAAUCAGCUUCUUCGAUAUGGUGCAUACAGUUUCUUUGUUUUAGUGUGAUCGAUGUUUUGGGUUUGGGGUAUCAAUGACUAAUCCUAAGUUAUAUAUUGUUAUAUGUAGGUGUCAAUAGGAGGAUCCUUGUGGUUGUGGGUAUACCAUGUGAAAAUAGCGUGUAAAUUUGAUUUUACCUCAUAUUUAUUAUAUGCCCCUCAUUUAAUUUUUUAUUUUUUUUCAUUUUGGGAGUGUAUUUAGGUGUUUAUGAAUAAUGCCCUAACAUUUUGUGGUCAUGAUAUAUUUUUUCAAUUUAUUUACCGUAUACGCUAUAUUUCUUUG